AUGUCUUUCGUGAGCGAAGUCGUCAGCAGCCUUACCGGCGCAAGCGCGGAGGUGUACGACCUCGUCGUUGUAGGCAGUGGUUUUGCGGGUUCCAUGACCACUCUGAAUUUCCUGGAAGAAUGCAAAAAGCUUGGCAAGAGAGGCAAAGUAGCCCUGAUCGAGGCAGGCAAGGAGGGAGAACGAUGUGGUGCAAGCAGAUGGACCAUGGCAUAUCUCAGGCUCGAUAAGGACAACAACUUCGAUUCAGACUGGAAGCAUGAAAUGAAGGCAAGUCAAGUAUAUGCUUGUCAAGGCGUGCUGGACUCACCUAUUGCAGCCAAUGGCCUGGCCGAUCAGGAGUAUUGCGCCCGGAUGGAGCAAGAAGUGCCCAUCACCGCACAGUACCUUAUUGAUCACGGUGUCAAGUUCAAUCAUCACGACGAGAAAAACGUUCUACUUGAGUUCAAAACCAACCAGCACUUCGUAUUUCCCGAGGGAGGCGGUCAUGCCAUCAUCAAUGCGUUGUUCGACCAUAUUAGGAAGUUUGAGGGUGUGACCAUCAUGUGGGAAACCCAGGCGGAGCACUUGUUGACUCAGGACGACGGUACUAUCUGCGGAGUUAAGGUGCGGAAGUCUGACGGACGCAUGACCAAGGUGCAUGGCAAGAAAGUGAUGCUGGCAUGCGGAGGGUUCGAGGGAAAUCGAGAAAUGUUGGGCAAAUAUGUCGGACCCAGAACAGAGCACCUCGAGCUCAUUGCUCCAGGCUUGAAGUACAAUACUGGUUUCGGGCUAAAGAUGGGCUUGGAAGUUGGCGCUGCAGUUGCGGGAUCGAUGAGCGGCAUGCAUUGCGAGCUCGUCGACACCAGAGCAACCAAGCCGGACGCUGUAAUUUGGGGUCAUAAUUACGGUAUUGUCGUCAACAAGCAUUGUAAGAGGUUCUACGACGAAGGAAAGCGACACCUUUUCGCGACUUUCGAGAUGAUUGCUCUCGAAACCUGGAGAGACCAGGAUCAGCAAUCAUAUUUCGUCACCGACAAGACUAUCAUGGAUCGGUUCCGACCAGGUUGGGUGUAUGAUACCACUGACCAAGAACCAGAGCAAAGCGACACCCUCGAAGGUCUUGCUGAAAAGCUGGGCCUCGAUCCUAAGGAGCUGAAGAAGACUGUGGAUGAGUUCAACGGGGCGAUCAAUGAGAACGAAUUCGACCUCAUGAAGCUUGAUGGCAAGCGCACCACAGGAUUGUCACCCGACAAGACCAACUGGGCGCAGCCCAUCAAUACGCCUCCUUUCUAUGGAUAUCCCAUGAAGGCACAGCUGACUUUCACUUACGGCGGGCUCAAAUGCGACCUCGAUUCGCGGGUGUUGGCCACGACGGGCGUCCCAAUUCCUGGACUCUACGCCGCUGGUGAAUUGAGUGGAUUGUUUUAUAACGAGGUAAGCCGGUAA